CGGCUGCGGAGGCGCGCCUGCGCGGGAACGGCGCUUCCGGGUGUGACGGCCCAGCUUCCGCAUCCGCUUGGCCGCCGCCGGCCUGCAGGAUGUGGCGCGUCGCUGCCGGUGUGGUGCUGCUGUCCGUCGGUCUGUUCUUCCUGCAUCCCACCUGCCGCCUGGAAGCUCCACAAAUCCUCACACGGUUCCUCUCACAGAGUCUGGGCCGCAGCUCCGCUGAACAGCCGCUGGAACAGCUACUGGCCGAGGCCUGGGAUUCCAUGAUCAGACCGCCCAAUGUGGGCUGGACCAGGGUGGCCGUGGGGGUAAAUGCCUGUGUGGAUGUGGUGGUGUGCGGCGUCGGACUUUUAGAAGCUCUGGGCUUGGUCCCUGGGACACAAGAGGAUCAUGACACACUGCAGUCGCAAGAAGAUCUGAGGGAAACUUUCUCCUAUUUCAUGGAGAAAGGAGUUGCAGCUGAACGAUUCUUCGCUGACAAGGAACUGUUUCAGAACAUUGCUGCUGCUGCAUCGCAGUACCCAGGAGCUAAGCACUUUGUCGGUGGAAAUGCUGCUCUUAUUGGUCAGAAGCUGGGCUCAUCUGGGAACCUGUCGGUACUACUGUGUGGGCCUGUGGGUCCCAAGCUUCAUGAACUCUUGGACGAUCAGAUUAUUAUUCCACCGGAAUCUCUGCAGGACAAGGAUGAGUUCCAUCUCAUUCUGGAAUACCAUGCUGGAGAAAACUGGGGGGAAAUCAACGCACCCAACGCUAAUCGCUUCAUCUUCUCCCACGAUAAAUCAAAUGCAGAGAUGAAAAUGCUGGAGACUCUUGUAUUAAAUGUGAAGGAAUUUGAUCCCGAGCUAAUUGUUCUGUCGGGGUUACACAUGAUGGAGGGACAGGAAGAAGAAGAGCGAGAUAGGAGGCUCCAAGAGGUUACUGAGUUAAUCUCGGAGAUCCCCAAUGAAAUCUCCGUGCACCUGGAGUUGGCCAGCAUGACAGACACAGACUACAUGAACGCGAUUGUGGAACAGCAGGUUCUUACUAUUGUGAACUCGAUUGGCCUGAAUGAGCAGGAACUCUUGUUCAUCAGUCAGGCUGGUUCAGGGCCUCACAGCACACAGGAGUUUUGGAAUGGAGCCCCUGAUGUUGGAAUGGUCAGUGAUAUCAUCUUCUGGCUCCUUAAAGAGUAUGGGCAAACAGAUCAGAACAAGGAGUCAGAAUUAACGCGCAUUCAUUUUCACACCCUGACCUACCACAUGAUAGCGGUCAUCAACGGUCACUGGAGCAACCAAAACUCGUCUGUGGCAGCUGGUGCACGAGUUGCUGGCAGUCAAGCAUGUGGCACUGACACCAUCGAUCCCACUAAAGUGGUUCUCAAAUCCCCCAUGCAAUUCGUUCUGUCACAAAUGGACAAAACAUUGAAUGCAAAGAAAAUGACAUUGAGUCCGACCAACCCUGUUGGCGUAUGGCAUCGAGAAAACAUCUCCUUUUUCAUCACUCCGGUGAUGGUUUGCAUUGACCCAGUCAGGACUGUGGGAUUGGGAGAUAGCAUCUCUGCAGAAGGCCUGUUGUAUUCUGGGCGGCUGUGACUUGAUUCUGAGCGUCUAUGUUCAACAAGACAGAGUCAAACUUGACUGUGUAUUAAUGUCAAACUCUGUGUAGGAAUGGGUCUUUGAUUGGGGACAGUUGUGAUAAAUGGUCACGGGUUAGAGCAGAGAGAAAGGGUGGCAGAUAUUAGUGUGAGGUGCUUGCUCUUUUUAAUCCUGGUGUGGUGUGUAAAAGCCAACAAAACAAAAUAACGCUGUUUUUAUUUACACAAUGUCUUAUACCUUGCUGUAUUCUGAAUAUCAAAUCUUUUCUGUCAGGGGAAUACGUAUGCUUUUUUUUUUGAUGUUUGUGGUUGACGUAUUCAAUACUGUGUCUGGGUAUGUGAGGAUGCAGAGUGGCAGACUGGUCAUUAUCACACUGCAACUGGAUUUUUAUCCAUCUCCAUAUUUUGGAUCAUUUCCUCUGGGCAGUGUUUCACAUGCAAAAAGGUUGUGGUUUAAAAUCUAUUCCUUGUCUGCAGGAAUUUACAUACCAAAGCUUGCCUAAUUCAAUAUCAAUCGCAAAAUGCAGUAUGUGAGAAUUGUAAAACCGUGGUGGGAGGAGAAUUCCUGCAUUGUUGCUAUCGAGGGCCAGGUGAACAGUAAUUGCCUCACUUAUUUACUACACCAAUAUUGCUACUGCUAUUAAUCAAGAGAAACAGAGGCACCGACUCUGCUGCAGUAAGUGUCAGACGUGUUUCCAGACAUUGCUUUCUCCCUUCUCCCAGGCUGAAUGGGGAAGGCAUGGAUUUGGAAUGGUACCAGGCUUACAAUUUGAAACAUUCAAUUUACUGUCACUGGUCCCUAGUCCCACCUGUCACCUCUCUUUAGAUACUGAUCAGUUAUGCUUUAGUGCGUUUUGUUCAGUUCGGUGGGUUAAUAACUUCAAACAGAAUGGAUUUUUCUAUUGCAUCAAAUGAUUAAUUCAGUGACAGCCACAUUUUGAAAUAGCAUUCUCCCAAUAUUCCUAUUUAUUUCAAGAGGACUGGGUGUAUAAAGAAUGCUUGAAGGGGAGGGAGGUUAGGUGCUAAUUUGCAGCUUUUUCAUGAAGGCAGGUGUAAGGAGCUGUUUGUGAUCAUGAUUCUGAUUUAGCUCUCUGGCUUGCGCGAUAUAACAAAAUGUAGUUCUGUAAAGUAAAACUCCCCUAGUAGUUAGAGGCUUGUGCAUGACCUAAUCUUUGCUGAGUUGGCUGACAAGAGAUGCAACAUUAGUUGGAUCAAUGGCUGGGAAGGUUGAGAGGAUGCUGAGAGGGCUCCACUACACACUCAAGAGCCCUUGGUGCAAAAUAUACAGCCUUGUGAGGCAGCAAUACUGAGUAGUUUCCUGAGCCUAGUGUUGGGGCUGCCACGUAGAGAAUGGACAGUUGCACUUGGGAUUGUACGGUGGUGGGAGGGAGUGUGUAGGGUUGGAAAUAUCUUGCAUUGAAAUCCCCACCCAAUGUCGAGUAGGAAAAUUAGACGGGCAUUUAAAGAUGAGUUGGAAAUGUGAUAUUUCUCCUUCAUUCUCGCUGGGGGUGAGUCGUCUAAGUGAGGGCAAAGUCUAAAGCAGGCAGCUAACUGAGUCUGUUCAAAUCUUCCACCUCUGCUCGGAAACAGCCUUCUCUCAAAUGUCAUUGAACCAAAUGUUGUGACAUACUGGGGCAUAAAUUCUGUUAAUUCUUUAGUUUGAUUGGAACUUAGUUGUAUUAUUACUGGUGGGUGAACCUGGGUAUUUAAGCCGGUAAUCUGUUUUUUAUAUUAAGGCACAUUCUGGGUUAUUUUCUAUUUUCUUUUUAAUUUCAAAUCCUCCUUGGUUGUGCAUGUGCUGUUUGGGUUUUCAGGUGGAAGGGGAUGAUUGAGGUCACAACUGGUGGUAGAGGUUAUGUCAACUGCCUUGCUUUAGAACCUAAACCCCUCACAGGUCCUGCAUACCAGGGAUCUUUGAGACUGGAGUAUGCCUUAUGGAACCAGUUUACGAUGAAAGAGGACUCGAAAUGUGUCUUCUGCCUACAAUAUAUGCAAAAACAUUGCAAAUGUAUCAGUGGUUUCUGGUUAUGCUCCUCUUUGCAGAGACCUGUUCCACAGAAGGCACUAUAGUGCUGGAAUGUCAUAGUCGUGCUUCACAAAAACAGGCCCCUCGCCCAACCCAUCCAUGAAAAUCAAGAUGCCCCAUUGAAGCUAGUGCCAUUUUCCCACAUGUCUCUAACCUUGCCUAACCAAGAACCUGUCCAAGUGUGGAGUGUUCAUGUAAAAACCAAAGUGAAGAUGGGAUUUCUGCAAUAUGAUUGGUUUUGUGUUGGAGUGAAGUGUCCAUUAGUUUUAGAUAUGUAGAAUAAUAUCUAUAUUGUACAACUAUGUACUCUGCUCAUGGCCAACACAGCAGAGGCUGAUUGCUGGAGGCACAAGUGAUUGCAGAUGCUGGAAUCUCAAGUGAAAAACAAGUUGCUGAAGGAACUCAACAGGGGAGUCUGCAUGCUGUGCGAGAGAGGCAAGACAAACCGAGCAUUUCUAUUACCACAUUGUUUAUACUCCAUAGUUGUGUUUGGUGGUGAGUUUGCCACCAGAGACAACUCUGCACAAUCUGCUGAGCAAGAUCGAACUGAAGUUCAGCAUUAACAUUGCAGGGGACUGCUAUCUGUCUAUUUGUGAUCUUGACCAAGCAAAGUGUAACCAGGAGACCAGGAAUGAAGGUGCUGGAAUUGUUAGCAAAGCACAAAGCACUGGAGGAACUCAGUAGGCCAGGCAGCAUCGGUGUAGGGAAUAGAAAGACAAUGUUUUGGAUUGGGAUCUUCUGCAGAUAUGCACCUAAUGAGGACAAGGGACUUGAAACAGCAUCAUUGAAAAAAUGGGAUCUGGUUUCAUGUCAGUCUGACGCACAAUUUGAUUUCAAGGUCAAUAUUUAUCUUGGCAUUGGGAACAUUAGUAUGACAUCUAUAUUUUAAAUUGUGACAAAUUUAGCCAAACAAUGUUUGACAUGACUGCAUCUUUGUUAACCCCAGUUACUCUUACUUUUAUGUGAAGUCUGGAGAUACCUCAUGGACAGUUUGUUGGAAAAUGUAUGCUUUUUUUCUCGUGUAAAAUAUCAAUGUCAAACAUAAAUUUGAGGGUAUUUUGUUAAAUGUCAGUGGUUUAAGUACUGUAUCAAUCUAGUCACUAUUUUACUUUUUUAAAAGCAAGAUAUUGGAAUAAAUGCUUUUCUAAAAAAA